AUGAAAGCUCACCGGAAACUAUACCCACUUCACACAGUAAAAGCCACUGGUACAUCUUUACAUGCAUUCGCCCAUUGCCAGUCAAUCAAUCAGUCAGUCAGUCCGACGGUCAGUCAGUCAGUCAGUCAGUCAGUCAGUGAGUCAGUCAGUCAGUCAGUCAGUUCCUCGGCAAGUCGCCCGCCAGCAACGAUGUGGUCUAUUAAAAAUAUGCACAUCAUAGAUACAUACUUACGUUUCACAUUGUAUCAUAUCGUAUCUGCCUACCCACCUAUCUAUCUAUCCAUCAUUAUCGUGCAUGUUUGUAUGUCUAGUAAAUGUCGCACGCAGCACUCGCCAGGGCAAACAACGUCUCCACACUCCAUAGGAACUGCGUUCGCGAAUCGCUACGUUGCACUCACUUACGAGCGACUUUCAUACUUAAUAAUGUCCAAGAAAUGAAUGAGACGCGAGACGGUGGAUUGGUGCGAUCAACGUGCGCAUCGACCGAUUGCCAGCGUCACUCGACCCUCGCGGAUGGAUCGAAGAUUCAACGCUUCGAGGGUUGGAGAGUCGUUCAAUCGUCCCCAUACCCAUACCUGCUAUAGUAUAUCCUUUCGAUCAUGUUCUUCGAUUCGACACCAUAUUAAUAAUUCUAAGUACUGCGUAUGAUCAGUAUGCCCGAGACGUUGUUGUGUUACGUUACACCGACACGUAGUAUACGGUCCGUAUAAUGACCAUAAAGUUCUUGAACAAAUUGCGACACGAGUACUGGAUUCACAAUUUCAGUUUACCUCACUACAACGUAUCUACCCGUAGGUACGAUGAAACGAUCAUAAAUAAGUAAGCGAUGUUUUUAUUUUCUUAUAUUGAGAAAAACCAUAUUAUUUACAUAAAUAUAUAACAAGUAUAAAUAUAUCUAUGAAUAGUUCACCGUAUAAAAAUUAAAUAUACAAAUAUAAGUAUGUGCACUUCUUCGUUUACCUGUGUAUACAUAUGUAUACCAAUAUCGAUAUCACUGCAAUUAUUGGUACAAUUACACUUAUAGUGCUGAGAGAGACUGUACUGGUAUCGAAAAAAUAAUCAAGAGAAGUUUCAUCAGAUUAUCAAAAAUGAGAGCCAUAUUCUAACAUAGGUAUACAUUUUCAAAGAUAAAUGAGAUAUUUUUCAUUCAUUUACCUGUAGCACGCACCAUGGAAAGAGUUAUGUAUUAAAAAAGACGAUUCGUAGAAGCCAAUUUUAUCAACAUAAGAGUCCUUUUUGUGCAAAAAUACUCUCAAAUCGUAACAUAAGUAUAUUAGGUAAUGUGUAAUAUUUACCUAGAUGUAUCGUGUUUUAGCUUCUUUUUUCCAUUUCCACCUGUGAUUGUAACUUCUGGUAUUGACUUCUGCUCCGUGUAAUUUGACCAUCACAUUGAGAUUUUGUUGGAACAUAUAUACAUAUUUGAUGUUGUGAUAGGUAACCUGUAUGCAUGUAUAUAAAUUUCCAAGUAAAAUACCUAUCUAUGUUGAAUAUAUGAGUACUGUAUAUU